ACUCGCGCCAAAGUCAGUCAGUCAGUUGGCUAGUACAAGACAAGUCGCGUCUCGUUCGUGGCUCCACACGGCACAAGCAGCUCUACAAAGCUUUAUUAAUUGCAAAUUAGCUGAAAAUAUAUUUUUGUUGUUGCGCUUUUGGAAUUUUCUAGCGCUCUUGUAAAUUUACAACAACACCUAAAAAACAUAAAAGUAAAGUGACGCGGAAGUGAGGCAUAUAUUUGUCUUGUCGCAUUUCACCUAGUGUGUCCGCGGUAUAUAAACCCAGUGUCGCUUGGCGGUUCGCUUUAAUUACAAUUUUUUCGCUGCAAUUGCGGAAGUGUUGUGGUGUCUAAAGAAGAAAUUAAAAAUUAUUAAAAGAAAAUAACUAAAUAAAAUAAGCGCGAACAUGAAGUUAAGCCAAAUCAUCUCACUAUCGCUCAUACCAACGUUGUAUGUGUUGUUUGUGUUAUUGUUGGAAUUCGUGGAAGAUGCUGUGGCACAAAAUCCUGACCCACUUUUCCAGCUGCCCGUGCAGUUGGUGGGCUUUCCGGUUAUCGUAUUGUCCGUACGCUUAUCGCAAUUCGCCAAAAAGCUGGCCUACUCGUUGAAUCCAAAUACCUAUCGUGCGCGCAGCAAACGUGAUGCCACUACAUCGGCCGCUUACGAUGCUGAAUUGGCACAAAAAGAGAUCUUACGUGAGUUUGGACCACGCGCUUGCAUAUUGGAGGAACCUUGCCGGCUGCAUGCUUCACGGCCAGGUCGUUUCGGUGCGCAACAGCAUCCAGCAUGGAAUGAAAUUUUGAGAAACUACAGAGUUCAAUCAACCGGCAUGAAACAAUGGUACCUGCUCUCACUCUUCAUCGGCGACGCCGUACGCGAUGUGCCACUCUGCCGGCACCUGGCCAAGCGGCUGCCAUGUCCAGGCGUUGGACCAUUGCCGCCACCACAGCCACGUUAAGCGCCAAGCGCGUCCCAGUGGCCAAGCACAGACCUAAGUAAUGUCAAAACAGCACAGCGUUCUAGUGCGCGCCGAGCUAGUACUUGCAACGUCGGCGGCAGGUUGGCUGCGCUUUGGUGCGGCGGUUGUGCCACAAACCUCGGCCGUGGCACACAAUAGCUAACAAGUUCAUACACACAAAACAUUUUACAUAUUUAUAUAUUUCUUUGCAUUACUUACUGCCAAACGAAAGUCAGCGCAUAACGGUACAUCACAUACAUACUUAUUACUACUUACAGUCAUUGUGGCAUCAUGUGAGGAGACACAGCUCGGCUGUGCUCCUUUUUCAUUCUUUUGCUUUUUUUACUUCCUUUUACCUCUAUCCUUUCUGCUUUUUAUUAUUACCUUUUCGCAUUCAGCGCAUUUGUUUGGCAUGUUUACCAAAGUUUUUAAUUUUCAUGCCAACGCAAUUGUCAUGACAAGCGCGUUGUAUUUCUAGACUUAAAUAUCUACAUAUGUAUGUAUGCAUAUAUCGGAGGAAAAAUUGCAGCAAUCAACGAAGCGCUGGAGCGUUGAGAGAACGAAAUGCAAGCGACAGGCACAUAUUUAUCUAUAAGUUGUUACCCUGUAGGAAAGCUUAAAAGAAGCUGAGACCAUUUCAGUACCCAAUAAA